AUGGAAGGUAGCGGUGGCCGUAAGAGGGCUGAGGCAGCAGCAGCGGCUGCGCAGGAGAAGGAAUCCUCCGCGCGGAGCAGAUUCCGCUCCCGCCACCAUCUGCGCUCCGCCGUCACCGCGGGUGGCUCGUCCGUUCCUGUUUCUUCAUCCUGGUUUCGCGUCUCGUCGUCGUCUCCGUCGGCUGUUCCGUCUUCGUCGGCCGUCGGCCGUCGGAUUGCUCUUCACCAGUCGUCCGCGCCGGCCGCAAAGCGCGCUAAGACAUCCGCUGCCGCCGCCGCCGCAGCUGUUUAUCCCCCGAUCUCUCGCACUUCCGCGUUUCUCGUAUCUCCCCCGUCCGUAUCCGCACAACCCUCUGCGCAAGUUUCUUCCGCGCGUGCGCGCCCGUCCGCUUUCUCCCCGCCCUCCGCAAAGCGGCUCACCAGUCGCGUCACUUUCGCUGCGCCCCCGUCUUCCGCUCAUCGCGCGGAAUCUCGCGACUCGCAUCAGGCGAAAUCACGCGCUGCCGCGAAAGCUGGUGCGACCGCUGCGACAACCACAGCGUCGUCGCGUGGUGCGAAUACCACUAGCGCCAUCCUCACUCGUCCCGGUUCCGCUCCCCUUGUGGGUGCUGCGGCGGCUGGUCUCGCCAGUACCGCGGGUGCAAAGGCGAGUGCACGUGCCCCUGCUGUGAGCGCUUCCGCAGGUGGCGCAGUUGGCGGAGGAGUAGGCGGAGCGAGCGGAACUGUUGGUGGUGGUGACACUGCAAGGGGGAGCAUGGAUAGAGGUUUCUUCAAGUCGUUUGGGCACGAGGAGGGAUCCAGAAGCAAGCGCUCCUCCGAGAGAGAAAAGGAGAAGGAGAAGGAGAAGGAGGAGAAGAAGGAGAAGGAGAAGGGAAAAGAGAAAGAGCGGGAGCGGGAGCGGGAGCGGGAGCGUGAGAGAGCGAGGGACAGGGAGCGCGAGCAGGAGAGGGAGGCGGAGGAUGGAGGAGGCGACGACGGGGACGAUCUGUUUCUAGGACCCGGUGGGCUGCUGUCAGGCCUUGAUUCCGAUGGCGAUGGGGACGCCGCAGCAGCAGCAGCUCUCAGACAGUCAUUCACGUCGUCUGCUGGUACUGCUCUGGAGAGUUUGCUCCGCCGCUUCUCCGUCUCCAUUGAUGACCUCCUCCCGUCUCCGUCCGCGCCUGGCGCCGCCGCAGGAGCAGCAGGCGGCGGCCCCAGCAGCAGCGCCGGCGGCGGCGGUGGCGGGGGUGGGGGCGCGGGGGGUGCAGGCGGGAGCGGGUCCGCGUCCGCCCCGGGGCCGUCUUCCGCAGCUGCGCCCACGCCCGCGCCCCCGCACGCGCACACGCUCACGCGCGCGCAUCUCCCCCAGCCGCAGGGCGGGAGAUACCGCUCCAUCCUAGCAGGGCUAUCCGCGGAGCACGACACAAGCCGGCAGCUAGAGUCCCUCUCUCUCCUCUGCGACCUGCUGCUGAUCGGCACAGAGGAGUCUCUCGCGUCGUUCCCUGUAGACGCGUUUGUACCGCCGCUGGUGGCGCUUCUGGAGUGCGAGUAUUGCCCGGACGCCAUGCUGCUCGCGGCGAAUGCGCUCACGUAUCUCUGUGACGUGCUGCCUAGUAGUGGGUGCUCCGCGUUGGUGCACCAUGGGGCUGUGCCGUCUCUGUGCGCGCGCCUGCUCACUAUCGAGUACAUCGACCUUGCAGAGCAGUCGCUGCAAGCGUUGCAGAAGGUGUCUCACGAACAUCCCUCAGCGUGCCUGCGCGCGGGUGCGCUCACGGCCGUUCUGUCCCAUCUUGACUUCUUCUCCACCAGCAUCCAGCAAGUGGCGGCGCGCACGGCAGCGAAUGUGUGUCGGGACGUGCCGUCCGACUGUGUGCCCAUGCUGCUCGAGGCAUCCCCCGUGCUCGCCAACAUGCUGCAGCACUGUGACGCCAAGGUGGUAGAGAGCACGUGCAUCUGUCUGACGCGCAUAGCCCUCGCGGUCUCGGCCAACCCAGAGGAUCUCGCCACGCUCUGUGCCUCCUCGGGUCUCAUCUCCCACGCUGUGCGCCUGCUCGCCGCCACCUGCACCUCUGCUGGGGUGGGGGGUGCAGCGGUGUCUGGCGGGGGCAUGGGAGGGGGUGUGAACAUUACUCCGACGACCUUUGUGGGUCUGCUUCGGCUGCUCACUCUGUGUGCGCGGGAAGCGGAAGGAGCAGCAGAGACGUUGCUAUCAGCAGACAUUAUCCGCCUCCUGCGCAACGCCCUCCUCUCCUCGGGCCUCCACGCCCCUCCACACUCCACCACUGCUGCUGCUGUGGGUGAUGCAUCUGCGACCCCAUUGGGGUUUACUACUAGCCCUGCCGGCGUGUCUCCUGCUGUGACUGCAUCGAGUGGCGGAGGGGGGAGUGCAGGGGGAUUGGGACCAGUGGCAGCUGCUUCCGCUGCUCCUCCAGGGCUGACCAGGCCUGUGGAAGAGGUGUACGAGAUUCUUGCUCUAGCCAAUGAGCUGCUGCCACGUGCAGUGGAGGAGGAACUGGAGGAGGGGGAGGUGUUAUCUGAGGACAUAUCAUGUGAUGAGAGCGAGGAGAAGGACGUUACACAAGGCGAGGAGGAGGGGAAUGGAGAGGAGGAGAGUGAGAAGGAGGAGAAUGGGAAGGAGAAAAGGGCAGGAGAGGACGGUGCUGCAGCAGCUGUGACUGGUGGUGGUAGCGAGGAAGGGAAGGGCAAGGGGAAGGAGAGGGAGGAGACGGAUGGGAAGGGGAAGGGGAAGGAGAAGGAGAAGGGGAGGGGGAUGAGUGAGCGGGCGAGGCAGAGGGCGUUUCAGCAGGCGCCAGAGGGGCUGGCUCCGUUUGUCUCUGACUUGUUCCCUCUCAUCAUGCAGGCGUAUGGAGCGACAAUGAACGUGGCAGUGCGGCACAAGUGUCUCGAGAUUAUCUGCAACGUGCUGCUGCUCUCCACCCCCACCACCAUGCCCCUCCUCCCACCCGCCUCCUCCAUCGCUAGUUUCCUGGCGGACGUCCUUUCCUCCCAGGACGCGUCUCUCCAGCUACAAGCGCUACGCAUCUCCUCUCUGCUGCUGCACAAAGACGCACAAACCUUCCGCCUGCCCUUCUCGCGCGAAGGCACACUCUUUGCCAUUCAAAACCUCAUCCCUGCUCGUACCACCGCCGCUGCUGCUGCUGCUGCUGCCGGCUCCUCUCCCGCAUCCCGCCGCUCCCCUGUCAAGAGAAGUUCGUCUGGUGGUGGUGGUGGUAGUGGUACUGGUGGUUCUGCCACUGCUCGUUCUCCUGCCCGUCCACCUCCUCUCUCCCCUCUUCCACCCGCGGCUUCUGCCUUUGCCACUGCCGCUGCCGCUGCUUCUCCUACUCCUGCAGCGCCAGUGAGGAAGGAACCAGGCAAGAAGUAUGCUGUGCUGGGCAUGCUCGCAGAUAGGUGCACAGGGACUGGUGGCGCUGCUGGUGGUUCUGCUGGUGGUGGUGGUGGUGGUAUGGGAAGGAACGGGUCGGUGUCAGUGACAACGUUUGAGCUAGUGGAAGGGGGUGUGCCCUCUGCUGUGCUCCGGUUCCUCUCUCCUUCUUCUCCCCCUCCUCUCUCCUCUCGCCCUGCUGCUGCGUCUGCUGGCAGCAGCGGCGGCGGUGGGGAGGAAGGAGGGAGCCAGGUGUCAGGCUUGGAUUGGUGGGCUCAGCAGGAGCGGCGGCGGUGUGAGGUGGUCCUUCGGCUUCAGAUCAUCACAGCUAUACUUUCAUCUGCUCUCCCACUCGCCCAAUCCCCACGCUUGCAAGCAGCACUAGCAGCACGGGAGCGCUUCGCAGUGUUGCAAACAGAGCUGUUCCAGCUGCCCGGAGGGGCAGGAGGAGGAGCUUUCACUUCCAGCGGCCCCACAGGAGCAUCGAAUCUAGGCCUUGGCCCUGGGGGGACUAUACCUGGACGAACAGGUAAGCCAGGCGCCCACGGGUUACCUCGCUGGCCGGGAGGGUCCGGAGGAGCAGCAGGAGGGGCAGCAGAAGUGGCGCUGCUAGCAGCAGAAGCAUCUGCUGCUGCAACGGCGGCUGCAGCAGCAGGACCGAUGGGGGCUGGUGGGGUGUCUGGGCUGUCUGCGUUGUCACAUCCGAUCAAGCUGCGGCUGGUGCGCGAGCGGUGCGAGCGGUCGGUGCGGGAUUACUCGUCGAAUGUGGUUCUUAUAGAGCCGUUGGCGACGCUGACUGCAGUGGAGGAGUUUCUGUGGCCUAGAGUGAGGAGGUCGCACCAUGUGGCGGCUGUUACUGCCACGCCUGCUCUCGCCACCACCACCGCUGCUGCUGCUGCUCCUGCUGCUUCUCCUGCUGGCGCUCCUGGGAGAGAGAAGGGGGAGGGAUCUGGUUCUCGAUCGAAACGAGCGGGGAAAGACAGGGAGGGAGAGGGGGCAGGAGGGCAGGAGGCGGAUGGUAUGGGGAAGAGCAAGGAGAGCGGUGGUAAGGCGAGGGGUAAGAGAGGUGUGGCACAAGAUGCUUCGGGGGAGAGUGCGGGAGGUGGGAAGGAGGACGAAAGGAGGGCGGGGGAGAAGGGUGAGGGGAAGUCACGUUUGGGGAUGGCGCGCGGGUGGUGGAGUGGGGGGAAGGGGAAGAAGGAAAGCAAGGGAGGUGGCAAGGGUGGGGCGGGGGAGAGGGCUGAGAAGGGGCGAGAGAAGGGAAGAGGGAGCGAUGAUGGAAAGGGAGAAGCGUCAAGGAAUGGUAAGGAGAGGGCUGAUGGUAAGGCGACAGGGGAGGAGGGGCGGGAGGUGAAGGAGAGGAGGAGGAAGGGUAAAGGGAAGGAUGAGAGGAAGGAGGCGAAGGGUGCGGGUGCAGGGCAAGAGGAGCAGCAGCGGCGGAGUGAGGAGGAGCCGCUUUCCGACCUUGCAGAUCUCAUGGCCUUGAUGAGCGGACUUAACGCAGCAGGCAUGGAGUCAGAGGAAGGGGAGCUGGGUGGCCAAGGUGGUCGGCUAAAGUCCUCCCUUUCAGCACGCUCCCAGACACCACCAGUCGCAGCAGCAGCGAGUGGAGAGAGAUUGGCGGCAGGGUCAAGCGGUGCUGCAGCUGCUGCAGGAACAGAGGCAAUGCAGCAGCAAAAGCAGCAACAUGCGAUGGAUGCAGGUGUGAGCUCUGCUUUGCCUUGUGCUCUAGGUGCUGGUAGCAGCAGGGCAGGGAACCCACUCACUGAGCCUGUGCCUGAGAGCACAGUAGUCACAGGUGGAAGGCGCAACGGCAGCAGCAGCAGCAGCAGCGCUGCUCUUGCAGCAGCAACGGCUUCUGGUGCAGAAGCAAGGGGGGGAGGAGCAGGUGGGAGCGCAGGAACAGGAGGUGAGAGGGGGGCGGCAGUGGCUGCUGCUGUGCCUGGGGAGCAUCGGUUGGUGUUUUCGUUUCGAGGGAUUCCCUUGGAUCCUACUGCCACGAUUCUGAGUGUAGUUGUGAAGGGGUUGAGAAUGAUGGCUGAAGGGGUGGAGGGCGAGAGAGAGGAGGUUGGGUUGCAGGAGGAAGGUGAGGAAGAGGAGGAGGAGGAGGAAAUGGAGGAGGAAGAAGAGAUGGAUGAAGAUGAGAUGAUGAUGUUGCAUGGGGAGGAGAGUGGAGAGGAGGAAGAGGAGGAGGAAGAGGGAGAGGAGGGAGAGGAAGAGGAAGGGGAGGAUGAUGAGGAGGAAGAAGAGGAAGGGGAGGAUGUUGAGGAGGAGGAAGAAGAGGAAGGGGAGGAGGUGGAAGAAGGUGAAGAGCCAGGCAGAGAGGGGAAUGAAAUGUAUGUAGAGGAGGGAGGCGGGGAGGAGCAGGAGGAGGAGGGAGAGGAGGAGGAAGAAGAGGAAGAGGAGGAAGUAGAGGAGGGGGAGGUGAAGGAAGACGACGAUUUGUUGGUGGUGGAGGAGGAAUUGGAGGAAGGGGAAGUUGACGAGAGUAUGGAAGGUGAGGAGGAGGAUCGGGAGGAUGGGGAAGAGGAGGAGCAAGAAGGAGACGUUGAACCAGUAGAGAUGACAGGGGCUGGAGAGGAGGGGGAAGAAUUGGAAGAGGAGGAGGAGGGGGAGGAAGAGGAAGAGGAGGAGAUGGAUGAAGACGACGAGGAGGAUGAAGAAGAGGAAGGGGAGGCGGAGGGGGAGGAGGAUGACGCUGACGUGGCAGAGUUUGAGAGGUUUAUGGCAGAUGAGUUUUGGCUGGCUCUGGGGGGGAGGGGAGGGGGAGCAGGCAGCAGGGGGCGCAGUGCGGAUGCUGAGGGGGGGGGCCACAGCUCUCUUUCCACCCCUCUGCCCUCCGCCUCCUCCUGCCCUUCUGUGGUUCGAGACCUGCUGCUGCUGCUGCACACACUGCACGCACUCACCCGCUCCUCCCACCAGCUACAGCAGGAGGCAGCAGCAGCUGCUGCUCUUGUGCUGGCCUGUGCUCGCGCUGAGGGUGAUUCUGCAGAGGAGAAAGCUGUUGGGGGGGAAGAGGACGAGAGGGAGGAAGGAGAGGAGAUAGAAGAAGGGGAGGAGAUGGAUGUUGACGAGGUGCCAACGCCAUCGCACCGUGAUGGGGUGUCAGCAGCAGCAGGCAUUAGUGAGCAGCUCGAGCAGAUCCUGUACACGCAGCUUGGGCUUCCCAGGCUCAUUCUGGGACAGACGGCUGACGGCGUUGCUUCUGGUGCUGCUGCUGCUCCCACCACUCCCUCCACCCCCUACGUCACGAUCCCUGCUCCGGGCCAGGCUGCCGCCUCUCCCUCCUCCUUCUCCGCACUGCUCUCUCCCUCCCUCUCCCCCACGUCGCCAGCAGCAACGCUCCUGCAGAUCCAGCAGCACAUGGCAGUUCCUCCAGAGUUGUUUCUCAACACCAAGAUUGCCACCAAGCUGCAGCGCCAGCUGCAAGACGCGCUCUCUCUCUGCAGCGACUCGCUUCCCGACUGGGCGCAUGCACUCCCGCGCUCCUUCCCCUUCCUCUUUCCGUUAUCGCUCCGCCGCCACUACUUCUACUGCACUGCCUUUGAUCUCCUUCGAGGGUUGCACCGCCUGCAGCAGCAGCAGCAGGUGGCGGGGGAGGCGGGCGCGGGAGCAGGAGGAGGAGCAGGGGGAGCGGGAGGAGGAGGAGGCGGAGCAGGAGGGGGAGGUGGAGGGGCAUACGGGCGGGACAGGCGGCGGGAACUGCGGCCGAUCCGGCUGCAACGGCAGAAGGUGCGGGUGUCUCGCGAGCAUAUACUGGAGUCAGGAACCAAGGUUAUGGAGCUGUAUGCGGGGCAUAAGGCAGUGCUGGAAGUUGAGUAUUUCGGGGAGGUGGGAACUGGUCUGGGUCCUACUCUCGAGUUCUACACACUCCUAUCUCACCAGCUGCAGCGGCGCUCCCUCCGCCUGUGGCGGUCGGAGGAAGGCCCGGGAGUGCCCGUGCCUGCAGCUGUAGCAAGCACCAUUGGAAGCGCUGGCACCGCUGCUGCUGCAGCUGGAGGGGGAGAAGGAGCAGAGGCGCGCACAGGAGGAGGAGGGGGAGGAGGAGGAUCAGGAGGGAAGGGCGCGCAGGGGAGAGGGGGAGUGGGGGAGGGGGAGGAGACGAUGGUACUGGCGCCACAGGGGCUGUUUCCACGGCCGUGGAGGGAGGCGCCUGAGCGGGUGAUAGAGCAAUUCAGAAUGGCGGGGCGGCUCAUGGCAAAGUCGCUGCAGGACGGCCGCCUGUUGGACAUGCGCUUCUCCCCGGCCUUCUACCGCCUACUGCUCGAUAAGCCCCUAGGGCUGUACGACGUGCGCCUGUUUGACCCUGCUCUGGGAAGCACUCUCGAGAUGCUUGCGCAUGUGGCUCGCGUCCUCGCCCUCGCCCCUGCCGCCACCGCCGCUGCCGCUGCUGCUAGUGGCAGCGGUGCAAGUGCCGGUUCCGCUGCAGCGACUGACGCGGCUGCGAGCAGGGAUGUUGACGGCACGGGCAGCAGCAGCGGCGGCGGCGGUGGCAGCAGAGAGGGCAGCAGUGGGGGCAGUGUGGUGGUGGCGCAUGGGUUGCUGCCAGAGGGCAUGCUAUUAGAGGACCUGUGUCUCGACUUCACUCUCCCAGGCGACCCCUCCUAUGAGCUCAAGCCGGGCGGAGAGGACAUUGAGGUGGGCGAGGGGAAUGUGGCGGAGUAUCUGCACCUGGUGGUGGAUGCACUGGUGGGGUCGGGCAUUGCUGCUCAGGUCGCCGCCUUCAAGCAGGGCUUUAACCAGGUCUUUUCACUCUCUUCACUGCAAGUGUUCACGGAGUAUGAGCUAGACACUUUGGUGUGCGGAGAUCGCCAGAUGUGGACUGAGGAGAUGCUAGCAGAGCACAUCAAGUGCGAUCAUGGCUACACGCUUGACAGCGCACCCAUCAAAUACCUGCUGAGCAUUCUAGCAGCCUUCACCCCCCAGGAGCAGCGGGCGUUUGUGCGCUUUGUCACGGGUGCGCCCUGCCUGCCACCGGGAGGGCUUGCAUCGCUGCGCCCCAAGCUCACCAUCGUCAGAAAGCACCCAUCAUCAUCACCGGGGAGACCCUCUACCUCCACAGCCUCCCCGCCAGCAGCAGUGGGAGCGGGCAGUGCAGGGGGGUCGCCUAUGGCAGCGAGUGAUAUGGAUCUACCCAGUGUCAUGACCUGUGCCAACUACCUCAAGCUGCCGCCUUACUCCUCCCAGGAGGUGAUGCAGCAGCGGCUGCUGUAUGCAAUCUUUGAGGGGCAGGGCUCGUUUGACCUCUCGUAA